AUGCCACGCCCUGUUCUACGCGAUUACUUCAACAUCACCUACCGGAAGAUCCCGAUCCUUAUGCUUGGUAGGGAGGCCUACAUUGACACCUCACUACAAACCACCGCUCUCGAGCACUACCUCCCACCGUCACCGCAACACCCAACGCUCUAUCCCUACAAGGGCGGCAGGACAACUUCUCGUCUUUUGACAUCUUACUUCACUGACCGUCCCUUUUUCCGCGCCGUGUGCGGUCUGAUGCCUGCCUCUGUGUGGCGCUCGCAAUUCGGCAGGGAUCGCGCCUCGUUGAUCGGCCACACACUCGAUCCGGAGAAGCUGGAUCGGAAGAUCCCAGAGAUGAUGAGCAGUCUUGACUUGCAUCUGAGUAUGCUUGAGAGUUUGUUGCUGGACCGGCAGGGUAUCGUGGAUGGGAUACACCGAGCCAAACCGCUGUGGAUGUCCUCCACACGACAGGAUCACCGACCUGGAAUGCUAGAUAUCAGUGUCUUCUACAUGUUACGGUGGGGGCGAGAGACUGCACUUGGAUACAAUGUCUUCGAUCUGACGGCGGGAGAAGUUCCUGACGGGGGCGAGCCGGGGGCCGAGGCAUUGUUUGAGCGAUACCCUAUGGUCAAUGCAUGGUUUGAUCGGAUGCAGACGUACUUUGACAGGCUGCCAUCAACAGAAACGCGAAUUGAGAAAGACGAUAUCAAGGGUCUGGAGACAGUCGUUGAUCAGCUGCGUGCUACGAACUACGAGCAUGAAGUUCCGGUCCUACCAACGCCUGCUGGCCGCAAUGUGACUCUGGACGAGCAAAGAGGCUUAGUGAUGGGGGCGAAUAUCAGCGUAUGGCCAAGCGAUACAGGCAUGAAUCACCCAAGUGUCGGCAAGCUGCUCGCAAGCACUCCGGAAGAAAUUGUGAUUGAGCCAGACGUACUUGCGGAUGGUGAUGCGGCCAAGACGGUAAAGCUGAGGCUACAUUUCCCGAGGGUCGAGUUUCGUGUCAAGGCCACGGGCAGGAUAGAUCGGGGCGAGAGCAAGCUGUAG